AUGAAGCAACUUAAUUACUUGUAUAUUGGUGAUAACUAUCUAACGGGCAAAAUAUCAUCCUCUUUGGGCAACCUCACUAAUCUAGUUGACAUAACCCUUGACAACAACAGCUUCCAUGGAAAUAUUCCUGAGGAGCUGCGUCGUCUUACAAACCUUAAAAGAUUGCAGAUUGGUCACUGUGGUGGUAUUACUGGUUCUAUACCGGUUUCCCUUUCUAAUAUGUCAUCGCUCCGAAUCAUGGACCUUGAGAGCAAUAGCCUUGAUGGACCGGUGCGUUUGCAAUUUGGGACUAUGCCUCUUCUUAUAUCCUUGUUGUUACCCGGAAACAGACUAACCGGAGGGUUGGACUUCCUCGCAUCACUGUCAAACUGCAGAGCUUUAGAUUUUGUGGAAGUUAGCGCAAAUGAGCUGGAUGGCAUUCUACCAAAUACCGUAGGGGAAAAUUCCUUUGGAACGAUACCGUUGGAAAUCACAACUCUAGAAGGCCUGCAGAGGCUAACACUGUCUAGUAACGGUAUAUACGGUUCCAUCCCAAAUGAACUUGGUCGAUUAAGAAACUUGAAACAACUGUACCUCGACAGUAACAGUCUUUCUGGAUCCAUACCUGACUCUAUUGGAAAUAUCAUUGGACUAGACCAAUUGACGCUUAGUGCUAACAGAUUAUCUUCAACAAUUCCCGAAAGUGUUUGGGGUCUGACUCGUCUACUUUACUUAAAUCUGUCACAGAACCUUCUCUCUGGAUUUCUACCUUCAGCAUUGUGGAAUAUUAAGGACUUGAACACAUUUGACGUGUCAAGAAAUCGGCUAUCAGGUAACCUUCCAAGUCCUCCGAAGUAUCUCGAAAUCAAUACGUUGUACCUAUCAAAUAACUCAUUUGCUGGCCACAUUCCUGAAUCAUUUGGGGAUCUUUUUAAUCUCGAGGGUUUGGACCUUUCUUGCAAUAACCUCUCAGGUUUCAUACCCGAGUCCUUGGUCAAUCUCCAACACCUCAGCAUCCUAAACUUAUCUUUCAACAUAUUGGAAGGAAAGGUUCCAAAUGUUGGUGCCUUUAUGAAUGUCAACAUCGUGUCUUUGGAAGGAAAGGCGGCAUUAUGUGGAGCACCCAGAUUUGGCUUUCCAUCUUGCAACAUAACUGAUUCCACAGUUUCUAAUUCAUGGAGGCAUUUGUUACGAUAUAUCCUCCCUGCUAUUGCUUCUACGGGAAUCCUUGUUCUCUGUUUUUGCAUCCUAUUAGGAUUACGUAGAAGGAGAGCCAAGAAUCCAACCCCAAGUAGCACGCUCUCUCCUACCAAGCAUAGAUUGACCCCCUACUACGAGCUUGUUCGUGCCACUGACAACUUCCGCGAGAUAAACUUACUCGGAAGGGGUGCAUUUGGUUCUGUGUACAGAGGGCUUUUAGAUGACGGCCUUCUUGUUGCCAUCAAGGUCUUGAAUAUGCAAAUCGAUGGAGCUUCAAGGAGUUUUGAUGCUGAGUGUCGUGCUUUGAGGAUGGUUUGCCACAGAAAUCUUGUUAGAAUCAUCAGUACUUGUUCCAACUUGGAUUUCAAGGCACUUGUCCUCCAAUUCAUGCCCAAUGGUAGCAUUGAAAGAUGGCUCUACUCCCAUAACUACUCCUUGAGCUUACUUCAAAGGAUUAACAUAGCCAUAGAUGUUGCUUCAGCUACUGAGUACCUCCAUCAUCACCAUUCUCAUGUUGUGCUGCAUUGUGAUCUGAAGCCGACCAACAUUCUUCUUGAUGAAGAAAUGGUUGCACAUGUCAGCGACUUUGGCAUUGCAAAAUUGCUGAGUGGUGACAACCGGAGUGUAACCUCAGCGAGCACGCCGGGGACAAUUGGUUAUAUUGCCCCAGAGUAUGCUUCAACAGGAAGAGUCUCCACAAGGGGAGAUGUCUAUAGCUUUGGAAUAUUGUUGCUAGAAAUCUUUACGAGAAAGAAGCCUAUUGAUCCUAUGUUUACUGGGGAAUCAAACUUGCGACGAUGGGUAAAUGAUGCAUAUCCUGCCGGCUUGUUUGAUAUAGUGGACUGCAACCUCUUGAGAGAUGAGGAUGGAAACGAAAGGCCGAGGAGCGACUUAAUUUCAUUGCAGACUUGUCUAUCUUCUAUCAUGGAGUUGGGGAUUAUCUGUUCAAGUGACUCGCCUAGAGAAAGGCUUGCUAUGAAAGAUGUCGUCCCACGAUUGCGGAAGAUCAAGAUGGAGUAUUUGUCAGUGUAUUGA